UGAUCUCUGUUACACCGUGCCUUAUCAUGUCACGGCGCUCGAGUUAUUAGUCACUACGCUGACAGCCUUUAUCUAAAUACAUCCAACUAGGAAGAUGAUUAUCACGUUUUUUCCAUUAUCUGUUCUUUGUGGAUUACUGUUCUUUGAAUUGGUCAGCGGAAAAAACUGCAUCACGACUCAGAAUGAUACUGGGGCUGUUUAUAUCAAACGUCUGCAGGAAGCCAUUGACGCUGCUGUGUGUCAAUUGGUAGAUGACAUUACUUACACCGACUAUGACGUCGCAUAUGGAGAAGAGUUCGACUUUAUCGUGAUAGGGGCAGGGUCCGCCGGGUGUGUGGUGGCUAACAGGCUCUCGGAGAACCCCGAAUGGAGAGUCUUGUUGCUGGAGGCUGGAGGAGAUCCUGACAUAACAAGUGAAUUUCCUGGAUUCUACGAAGAUGCUAUAAAUACUAAAUUUGAUUGGCAAUUUCCAACUCAACCUCAGCCUACCAACUGUCAAGGAAUGGUCAAUAAGAGCUGUACAUGGGCUGCUGGAAAAGUUAUUGGAGGCUCAGGCACCAUAAAUGGAAUGCUGUAUCUAAGAGGAAACCCGAAAGAUUACGACCAUUGGGAGAGUCUUGGCAACUGUGGUUGGAGCUAUAAGAAUAUGUUGCAUUACUUCAAAAAGUCUGAAGACCUGAGAUCAAAAGAAGUUCAUAUGCAUGAGGAAGCAUGGUUAUAUCACGGAAGAGGAGGUUAUUUAAAGGUUGAAUCAUAUGGAGGCAACAAAGAAUUUUACAAAGAUUUUAUUUCCAGAGGAUUUAGUGAGCUUGGAUUACAAUCAUUUACUGAUAUAAACGCUGAUCAUAAUGAAGGCCUCUACGUACUUCAGGGAACAAUGCAUAAUUCAAGACGUUGUAGUACAGCUAAGGCGUUUAUACACAGGUUUCAAUCAAGACCUAACUUAAAAAUUUCCAAGAACUCAUUGGUAGUUAAAAUUUUGAUAGACAAAAAUAAAUCCGCUCAUGGAGUACAAUUCAUAAAAAGAGGGAAAUUGAUUACAGCCAAUGCAAAGAAAGAAAUUAUAAUGUCAGCUGGAACAGUUAAUUCAGCUAAACUGUUGAUGCUCUCAGGAGUCGGACCUCAGGAACACCUUCAAGAUUUAGGGAUCAAGACGGUUGCUGACUUGAAGGUUGGCUACAACUUACAAGAUCAUAUUAUUAUGAGAGGAUUCAUAGUUAGCUUCGAUAUAGAAGCAAAACCUCGAGACCCAAUAGAUGAAACAUUCCAAUUCUUAUAUCACUCUAGAGGAAAUCUAGCUAGUAUAUAUGCGCUCACCCUCAAUGGUGUUAUUAAAACUGUCCAAGCUACCUAUCCGAACGUCCAAUAUUAUUACUUGUAUUUUCCGAGAAACUCGACAGCCAGUGUUGAAACAACUUUAAGGAAGGUGGGUUACAAUGAUGAUAUCAUAAAAGCUAUUGUAGACAUAAACUCAAGAAAAUUUUUCAUGUUUAUUUGGUGUGUUCUAUGGAGACCGGCAAGCCGAGGAAGAAUUCUCUUGAAGAGUUCUGAUCCUCACGAUUAUCCUCUCAUAUACCCGGGAUAUCUCUCUCAAGAGUCUGAUGUCACAGAUUUGCUAGAGGCCAUACAGUUUAAGAAUAAUCUGAUAAAUACAGAAGCUAUGAGAAAUCUUGGUGCCAAAGUUGAGGAGAUUGAUAUCCCAGCCUGCAACAUGUUCCCGUUCCAGUCAGAGCUCUACUGGCGCUGUAUUAUUGCCCAGAUGUCCUCUCCCCACUACCAUCAGGUCGGCUCCUGUAGGAUGGGUCCUGCUGAGAGUAAAUGGUCUGUGGUAGACCCUCAUCUUCGAGUUCACGACAUCAAGGGAUUGAGCGUGGCCGAUGCUUCCAUCAUGCCUACAAUCAUCAGUGGGAACACCAACUCCCCUGUCAUUGCAAUCGCUGAGAAAGCGUCAGACCUCAUCAAAGAGCGUUGGGCUGGAUUUUAAAAUGAUAUUUAAAAUAUAGUACGUAUAUUAUUUGUUGCAUAAGUCUAAAGAUUUCAAACACUGAUUUAAAUGAUAAUAAAUAUCUGUUUGAAAAUGUA